AUGCCGGCGUGGGUGCACAAGGCCAAUGCCAAGGUUGCGGCCAGUCCAGUCGGACGAUGGUUCCGGCUGGAGGGUUCAGGCCAUAAAAAAGAGCGCAAGGGCUCGUAUUUCUUUACUGAAAUCCGUGCUGGUAUAGCUGCCUUCUUCGCCAUGGCCUAUAUCCUCGCUGUCAACUCUUCGAUCGUCGCUGAUACCGGUGGCACAUGUGUCUGCAAUGGAGGCGCCGAUGACCCGAUUUGCAACAACAACGUCGAAUAUGCCCUUUGCUCUGCUGAAAUCAAGCGCGACCUGGUCACGGCUACUGCUGCUAUCUCGGCUUUGUCCUCUUUCUGCAUGGGACUCUUCGCCAACCUGCCCGUUUCCCUAGCGCCCGGCAUGGGCUUGAACGCAUACUUCGCCUAUACCGUCGUCGGUUUCCACGGCACUGGCACUGUCCCCUACUCGGUGGCACUCACUGCCAUCUUCGUUGAGGGAUGGAUUUUCUUCGCGCUGGCCCUCUUCGGCAUGCGUCAGUGGCUCGCCCGUGCUAUCCCGAGGUCGAUCAAGCUGGCCACCAGUGUCGGUAUCGGUCUGUUCUUGACCCUUAUUGGUCUGACCUACAGCGAGGGUCUCGGCCUGAUCGUUGGCGCUACCUCGACUCCCCUCGAGCUUGCAGGCUGUGAAUCAGCCCUGCGCGACCCGGAUACUGGCCUUUGCCCCGACGGCGGCAAGAUGCGUAACCCUGCCAUGUGGAUUGGUAUUUUCUGUGGUGGUAUCUUCACCGUCAUGCUCAUGAUGUACCGUGUCAAGGGUGCUAUCAUCGCUGGUAUCAUUCUUGUCAGCAUCAUCUCGUGGCCCCGAACCACCUCGUUCACCUACUUCCCGUACACCACCGUGGGUGACGAUUCGUUCGAUUUCUUCAGAAAGGUUGUGGAUUUCCACCAGAUCUCCAGGACACUGAACGUCCAGCAGUGGGAUAUCUCAGGCUACGGCGGCCAGUUUGGUCUUGCUCUGAUCACCUUCCUCUACGUCGAUAUUCUCGACUGUACUGGUACUCUGUACUCGAUGGCCCGCUUUGCCGACCUCAUGGACCCCGUUACCCAGGACUUUGAGGGCUCCUCCGUCGCUUACAUGGUUGAUGCCAUCGGUAUCUCGAUUGGUGCCAUCCUGGGCACGCCCCCAAUUACUGCCUUCAUCGAGUCCGGUGCCGGUAUCUCGGAAGGAGGCAAGACUGGUCUGACCGCCAUGGUGACCGGUAUCUGCUUCUUCAUUUCCAUCUUCUUCGCGCCGAUCUUCGCCUCGAUUCCUCCCUGGGCCACCGGCUGCGUCCUGAUCCUGGUGGGCUCGAUGAUGAUGAAGCACGUCACCGAAAUCAACUGGACGUACAUGGGCGACGCCAUUCCGGCCUUCCUCACCAUCGCUCUGAUGCCCUUCUCAUACUCGAUCGCCGACGGCCUGAUCGCCGGUGUGUGCUCGUACAUCCUGAUCAACACGGUCGUCUGGAUCAUCGAGAAGGCCUCGGGCGGCCGCAUCGUGCCGGCCAACAAGGCCGAGAAGGACCCCUGGACCUGGAGGAUCCCUGGCGGAUUCCUGCCGGGCUGGGUCGUGCGCCUGUCGAAGGGCAAGAAGGACUUCUGGCGCGAGGACGACCUGCCUGUCGCCGAGUCCGUGUCGGAGCGACGCAGCCGUGACGGCGAGGACGGCGCCAAGACCCUCGACGUGUCCGAGACCCCGAAGACGAAGGCCGACUCAUCGGAAGGCAACCCUGAGAAGGUCCAAGGAUCGUCGUUGUAG